AUGGUGAAGCUCUUCUGUGCGAUCGUUGGUGCGGCGGGCAGUGCCUUUCCUGUGGACAUUGACGCGGGUCAGUCGGCGGGAGACUUGAAGGACGCGAUCAAGGCGAAGAACCCGGCGACUAUCACGUGCGACGCCAAGGACCUGCAGCUUUCCCUGGCGAAGACGGCGGACGGCGCGUGGCUGCCAGACGACGACCAAGCUGCGCUGGAUCUGGAGGACGGAAAGGUUCAUGAGGACAUUCAAGCGUUGAUCGAUGGCGAGAAGAUGAAGGCUACGUGGACAAUUGAGGACGUGUUGACAGCUAACAAUAUGACCAAACGGAAAGGGCGCGCUCCAAAGUCGAGACAAAUCCACGUGCUGGUGGUAGUUCCGGAGGGUGCAUUUGGUUCAGCGAGCGAGACUUCCAAGAUGGAUCAACUCGUCGAAAAGGUUGACAAGAUGUACGAGCAGACUGUGCUGGGGAAACGCAAAUAUGUCCACUCGGAGGUAACCUCGACCCAGGGCAGGCAGCUUCUGAACGACUUGGAUAUUCGGGUGGAAUUUGUGCGCACAGUUCCAUUCGAUGCUGGAGAGGGUUCUUCAGUUGACCCAUACGAGUGGAAACGAGUGAUUAUUGAGAACGGCGAAGAGGUCGUACUCACUGAGGAGCAGCAGCGCAAACGAUAUCGCCGAUACGUGGAACACAACAUUGGCGCUGUGCUCAAGGAGAAGCAACUUUGCGUGAUUGGCGUGGAAAGAGGCACAAACAUCCUCACAGUUAAAGUUCCUGGUCGCGAAAUUGAGCUCGCUGGACGUACAGAUCUCCUCAUACUGAGUGAUCUUGUUGCGAUGAGGCCGACCGAGGUGCAGUACCUGCCUGGUGUGAAGAUGCUGAUCGAAGUGAAGAGAGACGUUAAGGCAAGCAACGACUUCCAGGCAUUGUCGGAGCUGAUCGCUUUGGAUCUGCUCGUUGACGACCCAGUAAUGGCGCUCCUUACUGAUUUGAAAGGAGAGUGGAUAUUCUUCUGGGUGGCCGAGAAGAUAAACAGUUCUGCCCGUAUCCACAAAGCGGCGAUCAACAAGCCAGGUGAAGCCUUCGAGGUAAUUAGAGCGCUACUGGUGCAGCCACCGACUGCACCCGCUGAUACUGAUACCACCGAGAUCAAGCUCCCGUGUUUCCAAAGUCCCGUGAAGAGAUUGAAGCUGAGAAAGGCGUUACCACCUAUCGGAGAGGGUGGUGACAAUGGCGGGAUUCGUGAGAGCAUCGAACGAUACUAUGACAUCGCCAGCAUGUUAGGUCCCGACAUUGAGAUGGCGCGUGCUGUGGCUCGGCAGGUCACUCGAUCUAUUCCCACGUUUAGUUAUUUCAGCUGA